GGCCUUGGCAGAGAGGGGCUGCAGGGCACGGUGGGGAGCGGCUCGGGCUCUGCAGAGAGCCAGCACCGACACAGCUGGCCUGAGCAGGGCUGGGUGCUCGUGACCCGGAGCCACCAGCCACGAGCACAGUGGGGACUUCCCACGCAGAUGGGCUGAGCAGAGAACGGCAGCUGCACCCCCCGUGCAGCUCCGCAGGAGUGGAGGAAGCACCACCACCACGAGGCCACUUUGCAGCCACUCGGUCCAAAGUUGGGCACAAAGCUGGCCGCAGGCCCCUUGCCACCAUCAGUGGCUGCAGGCCAGGAAAGCGCCGUCCCGGCCCCUGCACCAGCACAGCCGUGGUCACCACGGGGAAAGGAGCCCAGCAGAUAAGCAACAGGAGCCAGGGAAUGCUCCUCAUCCUGGCUGCUUCCCUGGGGGUGUUGAGACAUUACUGCACUGUUCCUGUGCCAACCAACACUUUGUGGGACCAGCUGGAGUGCCCCAUAUCCGAGUGCAGCAUAAAUGUGUUGCACGUGCUGCCUUAAGCUGGGAAAUUGAUCAAGAAAGAGGGGGCAGGCUUUAUGACUUUUCAGGUUGUAACACAGGGACUUCCCUACCUAGCUAUAGGGUAAUUAACAGCUCUGGAUGGAUGUUUUUAUCUUUAAUUUGGCUGAUCACUUCCAAAAUGCAUCUAAACCUUUAUUACCUACCAGUAUCCCGUUGCAAGGAGUUGCCCACUGUAAAAAAAACCCAAAACCAAGACCAACAAUAUUAUGUAAAUAUGACCUUUAGUUUUUUUUCUGGGCAUGCUGACUUUCUGGUUUUAUGUGAUGUUAUUAACUGGCCUAUUAAGAGGGGAAAAAAGAGAUAUAAAGUAACUCCUUAUUCUUCACAAAUACUGAAUCACAUUGCCUGUUCCAAGUUAACAUUGCAUAAGGACCUUAGAUCUGAGCAACUAAGUGGGUAAUCAACAAGGUAUAGCAGCUGGUAAGUGGCAACCACACGUUGCUAUAAUUUUUAUGCUUAUUUCCUACUGGAACAAAUCAUCCCCACACUCAAAUCAUCACGGGGAGAACAGGAGAUGCUGUGAGCUCCAUCGGACCGUCACCGCCGGCGCUGCCUUGCUGCGGCUGCCGUUCCCUUCCCCCGGGGCGGCCCCGGGCUGGCGGUAUGGAAGCGGGGCGCUCCCGCACGGCUCUGCAGCCGGAGACGAGGAGCGGGGGAGAGCCUGGAAGCCACCUGGGGACAGGCACAGUCCUCGCAGCGCCCCGGGGCACUCCAGGCCGGCGGGGAACCCCCCAGGCUGAGCCGGGGCCAGGGCCUCCCCCGCAGCACGGAUUUCCAGCCGGCGGAAGGGAGCGCUCGGAGGGCCGCUCCAUGCCCGCUCACACACCAGAGCUGACCGCGAUCACCCCUCUGCGCCCUUUCCGCCGCAGAGUAUUCUGCGCCGCUGUGAAAAGGCCGCUCCCGGGCUGGGGGCAGGCGCAGCCGGGCUUCUCCCCGCGGGGGCUCCGGGCUCUCCCGGUCCAGCAGCUGCCGGAGCCCGGCCGGCACAGCCGCGGCCCGGCGCACACGGCGCCCCGCGGCUCCCCCGGAAGCGGCGCGCUCGGCGGCGCGGGCGGAAGCGGAAGCGGCGCGGGCGGGGCGGGCGGUAGGAUGGCGGCGUUGCUGCUGCUGCUGCUGCUGGCGGCGGCAGGGCCCGGGCCCGGGCGGGCGGCCGCGGGGCGGGAGCGGCGGGACGCGCUGCGGGAGGAGCUGCUGCUGAGCCCGCUGCCCACCGGCGAUGUGGCCGCCACCUUCCAGUUCCGUACGCGCUGGGACGCGGACCUGCAGCGGGGCGCAGUCUCUCACUACAGGCUCUUCCCGAAGGCGCUGGGGCGGCUGGUGGCAGCGCUGGGCGUGCGGGAGCUGCACCUCGCGCUCACCCAGGGCUUCUGGCGCACCCGGUACUGGGGGCAGCCGCCCCUCCAGGCGCCCGCUGGCGCGGAGCUCUGGGUCUGGUUCCAGCCCACGGUCACCGAUGUUGACAAAGCCUGGAAAGAACUGAGUAACAUCCUUUCAGGAAUAUUCUGUGCUUCUCUCAACUUCAUUGACUCGACCAACACAGUGAUUCCAACAGCAUCCUUCAAACCCCUGGGUUUAGCCAAUGGGACAGAUCACCAUCUCCUGCGUUACGCUGUCCUGCCCCGGGAAGUCGUCUGCACAGAGAACCUCACCCCUUGGAAGAAGCUGCUGCCGUGUGGCUCAAAGGCUGGGCUGGCUGUGCUGCUGAAGGCCGAGCGCCUGUUCCACAGCAGCUACCACUCCCAGGCAGUGCACAUCCGCCCCAUCUGCAGGGAUGCCUCCUGCCUGGCUGUGUCCUGGGAGCUCAGACAGACCCUCACUGUGGUCUUUGACUUCUUUUCCAGUGGCCAAGGAAAGAAAGACUGGUCCCUCUUUAAGAUGUUCUCUCGCACGCUGACUGACACGUGUCCUCUGGCAUCGCAGAGCAAAGUCUACGUUGACAUUUCCCCCAAGAACAAGGAAAAGGAGCUGCUGGAAGUGUCCCCCCCUCCAACAUCAGUACAUGAAGCUAUUGUCCAGGGAGAGAGGAAAACCUAUGCUGUCUAUGACCUGCUGAGCCCCUCCCUCUUCAACACAUCUCGCAGCCUCAAUGUGCAGCUGAAGUGGAAGCGGCCCCAAGACAGCUCGUUACGUGGGGGGGUACGGGCUGCAGACCGGGCAGAUCUGCACCCUCAUCUACAACACCCACCCGUACCGAGCCUUCCCCGUGAUCCUGCUGGAGACUGUGCCCUGGUACCUGCGGCUCUACGUGCACACCCUGACCAUCAUCACCAAAGGGAAGGAAAACAAGCCCAAACAGUGGAAGCAGGAGCACCCACCUCAUGGGAGAUGUCUAGGCAGUGUGAGACUGGACAAGGUUCCCCUGGUGUCAUUGUGGAAAUCUCUUUGGGGUCAGGUUACAUCCACUACCAGCCAGCCCAGGACCGGAGACGGCCUCACCUCUUGGAAAUGCUGAUCCAGCUGCCAGCCAACUCCGUCACCAAGAUCACAAUCCAGUUUGAGAGGGCCUUACUGAAGUGGACAGAGUACCCACCUGACCCCAAUCACGGCUUUUAUGUUGGUUCAUCUGUGCUCAGUGCCCUGGUGCCCAGUGUCACUGCAAUGAAGGACAUGGAUGUGGAGCAGAGCCCUCUCUUCACCUCGCUGUUUCCUUCCUCCGAUGGCUCCAGCUAUUUCGUGCGCCUGUACACGGAGCCGCUGCUGGUGAACCUGCCAACACCAGACUUCAGCAUGCCCUACAAUGUCAUCUGCCUCACCUGCACCGUGGUGGCCGUGUGCUACGGCUCCUUCUACAACCUGCUGACCAGAACGUUCCACGUGGAGGAGCCCAGCCGGGGCGGGCUGGCCAAGCGGCUGGCCAACGUCAUCCGAAAAUUCAGGGGGGUGCCCCUGCUCUGAGAGGAGCCAGGGCAGCCAGCGCUGCCUGCAGGGCUCUGUGGGGAGACAGACAGCAGAGCACUGCUGCCUCUUGUCUUGCUGAAGCAGCUUGUUUGGUUUUGCUGCCAGGAAUUCUCUUUGGGAUCCAAUAAGCCGAGAGAUCACUUCCAUUGCUAAGAUGGGAAAUGGCUCUAAGCCCAUUGACUACUGAACUGCACUGCUGUGGGACUGGGAAAAGUAAAAGACUUCUGUUUGGGAGAGGUGUAACUUACGUGCUAGGAAUGGUACUGGAAGUAAACUGGAGUGUUUUGUACGUU